GCACAGCCGCCCGGGCUCAGUCUACCUGUGCCUCCGCUGUGGACUAGUAGCUCAAACCAUGCUGUUAUUUUCCCCGUAGUUCUCCUGAGGUGAAAGAACGCUGGUUAGGUACUCUUCACAGGAAGGUCAUCGAGGCAAGGGACAGAACAAGCUGUUGGUCACCACCCCCGAGUGUACUAAUGAAGGUGCUGAGUGGCAAUAUAUUGUCAAAGACUCUAACGGGGGGAGGAAUGGACUCAUUGAUCGAAGACGACGGGAAACCCUUCCCCCCGCCAGAGAAGGUCUUCAAUGCGGAUGGCAGAGUGUGCCUGCCCAUUGAAAACGGGAACAGCAAUGGAAGCAGUAGAUGGAGUUUCCUACGAAAAUCGAGGAAGAGCGCAGUUCUGUCCAUCACCUGCUCCUCAGAUGCCAACUCAAAGACGGCCCUGUUCGGACAGCUGCUGUCAAAAGUUUGCAGCGAAGAAGAAAAACUCCCCAAACCCAUUACAGAAAUACUCACACUGCUCAUGAAGAAAGGUUGUACUACAGAGGGUGUGUUUAGGAAGCCAGGCAACAACAAGUGCCUGAAAGAGAUCAAGGGGCAGCUCAAUGACGGCCUGGACGUUGACAUGAAGGCCAAACCGGUCGUUCUUCUGGCUGCACUUUUCAAGGACUUCCUAAGGGAGCUCCCAGGCAGCUUGCUGGUGGAGGAGAUGUCCAAAGACUGGAUGUCUGCACUGGACAAAGAGAAACUGCAUGAGAGGUGCACAGAGCUUCGGAAUUUGACAGAGAGCCUGCCAAAGCCCAAUACCAUCCUGCUCCAGAAUCUACUCUGUGUGCUUCACCACAUAAGCAAGAAUGCAAACAUCAACAAAAUGGAUGCUCGUAACCUUGCUGUCUGCAUUGCACCCAACCUGCUGCAGUGUGGCAACCUGUCUGAUUUGGACAAGGUUAUAGACCUGACGCAGUUCCUCAUUGAAAACUGCUGUGAAAUAUUUGGAGAGCAAAUCCAGAGCCUUCUUGGUGACCCUGAAGAGGAAGAACUAGCAGAUACUUCUGAUUCAGUGUCCUCCCACCAGCAUGACUCUGCUUACGACAGCACUGACCCUGAUGCAGAUGGAGAAUUUGCAGGAGCCACAGAAAAACAACAGGCAGAGACCUCAGAAGACAAGUGUCAACGGUCCACCUCCUCUGCAUGCAAGGAAGAGCGGUCAGCCAUUCCAUCAUGCCCCUCCAAUGCUAUCUUCCACACCUUCACCAAGCCCUUCUCCAGGAGAUGUUCAGAACCAAUCCUCUUCCAACCUGCUGGAAUGAGCUCCAUCAGUGUGCAUGCCAGGAGUCACGAAGACUUCUCGAAGGAGAAGGAGAGCUUCUUCUUGGGAGACCAGCGCUUGAAAAAACAGAACUCUGACUCUGUUCUGCGCCUGCUCCAAGGGGAGAGGACAACUUCUAUCCCAGAGAAGCUUGGUGGCAAUUUGACCACUGAGCCAGCUGUACCCUCCAAAGACUGCUCCUAUUCCUCCAGCUGCUCUCUGGAGAGCUCCUUCUCUAACAUAUCCGAGACUUCUGUCUUCACCAGCUCUCCUCUGGCUUCCCCACGUAAUAUCCGAAAGACCAAUCUUGAAUGCGAGGAAGUCCAGAGGCACGAAGUGAAGAUGCGAUCCCAGUCCAUGAGGAGUGACAGAAGGAGACCAUUGAGGGCCAAGAGCUUGGGUGCCUUUAGCUACAAGGGGAGUUUCAAAAAGGGGGACUCCCAGAAAGAGACCAUUUUUGCCUGUGAGACCCUCCAAGAGGACUCCCAGAGCGAAGUGGAGCCCACUGAGUUGGCUCCCAGGCAACGUCCACUAUCAGCCGUAGAGGUGUUCCAGCAUGUGGACAGCAGGAUCCCAAGGAAGCCUCCAUCAUAUGAGCAGGCCAUUCAGAGUGGCCUCCAGCCACCAGCAUACCGCCGCAUGACUGUGCAAGAUGCUUUGUUGCAGAAAAGGAGGUCCCGGCCUUCCUCUGGAACUGAGGAACUACUGCACUCCUGCCCUGUCAACACCUUCACAGACUGCUAUCCCCAAAUCCAAGACAUUGCUAUUGAGGGUAUUCCUAGAAGUACUCAGUCAACACAGAUGUGCCGUUACAGAGCCAUGUCCGAGUCAGUGUCCAGGGCUCAGCUGGACAGAGUCUCACGCAGGUGCAAUCAGCGUCCAUUUGAGGACAUUUCAUAUGCAAAAGAGUCCUAUGUGUGAUCUCCUUCAUUUGCAUUGAACUUUGUUUCUUUGAAAAGUACUGUAAUUGCUGUAAAAUCAAUUUGCACAUGUGAAAAGAAAGAGUAAAACUUGCAGUCAGCUUGAAGCUAUGUAAAUAAACUUUACCUGCUAGUACAAACAACAAACUGUUGAAGCUUAAAAAGGCAUUUUGAAACUUUCUAUUGGUUUCUCAUGUAUAUUUGUAAAUAUAGCAGUGUAUGAUAUGUAUAUACUGUAUGCUAAAUUUCCAUCUAAACUACAGGCACUUUACUUCCACUACAUUAAAGCACAUUUACAUUAAAUGAUGUCUGCUUUGUUCCAAUGUGUUCAGAUGAGAACUUAUAAUUUUAGGCAUCGGUUUAUGGGUUCAUGGAAGACAGACUCAUCAGCACAAUCCGUAAAAGCAGUUUCGGUCAGCUUGCCACCUGUAGUCUUGCAGCUGCUGCACAUAGAACAUAGCAACAAUCAACAGUCUUAUAAGAGUAUAAACAAACUGCCAUGGAACUGAAAUCUGCCCUCAGAAAAGCUAAGAGAGUAACAUCAGAAAUACUUCUCAUUUUAAGAGAGCAAUGCUCACGGCAGGGAAGCCUCACAGAGAACAGAGUGUCCUAUCUGAGCUUGAAAGAGGAAACCAGCAGAGCUGAUCAUGGCACUUAAUUUGGUUUUUCUCUGAAUUUCUAUUGCCUUCGAGAGGAGACUAUGCUACUUGCACUUUCCUUUUUGAGAAGGGCCAGUAAAAGGCUUCCUGUUCCAGUUCUGCCACUGUUUCCAGUGUGGCCUUUGCAAUUCCUUCAUUCUAACUUUUGUAAAUUAAGCAAGACUUUUAUUUUGAAUUAGAGCCAUCAUGUGCUCUCUUGUCGGUGAAUUUGCUAACAUAUGCAUAAUAUCCUGCAGAAAUAUAUAUUAAAAUGAUAUGUAUUGUUUAUAAAUAUUAUAUUAAAAGCUGAUCCAGUUUGACUUUUGUCCCAUUACACAAACAUUUGUGAGACAUUGUGUAAUUGUUCCUGCAGAUGAUGCUUUUCAGGCAAAGAACGACAUGUUGUAAAAGUGCCUUUGAAACAAGUAAACCCACUGUGUCAGAUCACCCAGAUUAGAAGAAGCAAAAAAAACAUUAACAAA